UUGGAUUUCAAAAUGGCUGACAGUGAAGAUGAAAAUUUUGAUGAAGAGUAUGAGAAUUUGGAACAUAAACAGCGCUUGAAAGCCGCCCUGCAUUACACAGUUGGUAAAAUAUGCGAGGAAAUCGGCGAAGAGACAAAUUUACGUUAUUCCAAGCAAUUCAUAGCUGCUCUAACAGAGACAACAUUCAAACAAAUAGGUUCCUUUGCGACAGAUCUGGAGCUUUUUGCAAAGCAUGCAAAACGGACCAUCAUUAAUUCAGAUGAUGUGGUGUUAAUCAGUAGGAGGAGUUCUGUUCUGAACCAGCAUAUGAAGGAGAUAAGUCAGGAAUUAAAUGAGGCACACAUGAUUGAACGAGCAAACAAGAAAUCCAAGAAGGCCAAGAAACAAAAAACAUUGACGGUCGAUGAAAAUCUGGAGGUAUAAAUAUAUAAAUAGUUUGCAAGUAUU